AUGUACGCCUUUCGCUUCAUGAUUGGCCUCUUCGAAUCUGGCUUCUCUCCUAUUAUCAUUUUUCUUCUGGGCUCGUGGUAUACGAAACCAGAGCUUGCCAAGCGUGUGGCUAUUUGGCAUAUUACGGGCUUUUUCGGCCAGGCUACUUCUGGGUUCCUUCAAGCUGGUAUUCACAAGUCGUUGAACGGACAUCUUGGGAUGGCGGGUUGGAGAUGGAUGUACAUCAUUUGCGGAUGCAUGUCCCUACCCGUCGCCCUCUCCGUGUGGUGGCUUCUCCCCGAUUACCCUCAUAAUACAACUGCUUGGUAUCUCACCGAGGAGGAUAAGCAGAUUGCCAUGCAACGCGCUGCGAAACAGGGGAAAGCUGAGAUUACAGGAAUAGUGGACUUGAAGCUGGUCAAACGGAUGUUUGGUAACUGGCGUUGGUGGAUAUUGUGUCUGAUGUACAUCUUUGCCAAUAACUACUUCGCCAUCUACCUUCGCGAAAAUGGGUACAGCGUUACUCAGCGCAACGUCAUCCCCGCCUGCGCCAAUCUCGUUACCAUGGUCACCGACUUUGCAUGGGGCUUCAUGUCCGAUAUGACUGGCAACAGACCUCUUUGGAUCAUCGGCCCUCUGGUGUGUGAUAGCAUCCCCAAUGGUUCGAUACAUUCACUGAUAUUAGCGCCCAAGAUGUGCACCACUGUCGUCGGCUCUUCUAUCUUGACAGCUUAUCCACCGACAGACGCUGCUCGUGUAGCUGGAUUCUUCCUAGUCUCCUGCGGUUAUGUCACAGCCGUCACCUGGACUUGGGCAAACGAGGUCAAUAACGGCAACGCGGAAGAACGUGCCUUGACCAUUUCUAGCAUGAACGGACUGUUCUAUGCAACGAGACAGGAAGCUCAGGUGGCUGCAGCUCAGCCUGUCUCUGAAGCUGCUAUGCCAGGCGAAGGGGAGGAAAAGGAGAAAGAGAUGGAUAACAAGCUUUCUGGAGUCAUCGAACCAGUUCGAAACUCUUCCAGUAUCAUUUGA